AUGUCCUCGGAAAAACGUGGCCGUAUACCGUUCUUGUCGCCUCAGACUGCGUCCUACUUUGUGGCAGGCGGCAUAGCGGGUGCUGCUUCCCGAACUGUUGUCUCGCCUUUAGAGAGGUUGAAGAUUAUAUUGCAAGUCCAGCCCACAGGCCCAAAUAGCGCAUACGUGGGUGUAUGGCCGUCUCUGGCGAAGAUGUGGCGCGAGGAGGGAUGGAGAGGGAUGAUGGCUGGUAACGGCAUAAACUGUUUGCGCAUCGUCCCCUAUUCUGCCGUACAGUUUACGACGUAUGAGAAGCUCAAGAAGAUCAUUCCGACAAUUACCCCGCCAAUUCUACCAACAGCUAUUUACCUCGGACGACUGCUAGCAGGUGCUUUGGCCGGGAUAACAUCAGUCACGACUACCUAUCCGCUCGACCUCGUACGAUCCCGUCUGUCUAUUGCAUCCGCUUCUAUUCGCAUUCCAACUCCCGCCGCUGCCCCUACCCCACCUCCUGCUCCUGCUCCCGCACCAAUGCCAACUGCAAGUGCACAAGUGAUUGGUGCACAAGGACGUCGAACGAUGUCUACCCUAUUACAACAUCCGUCCCCCGUACCUGGACAUCCUCCUGCUCGGAGACAACCUGUGCCUUCCAUGUGGGGGAUGACACUCAAAGUCAUGCGAGAAGAGGGCGGCAUUCGUGGGCUUUAUCGUGGUUUGAUCCCAACGGCCGUUGGAGUCGCCCCAUACGUUGGUAUCAACUUUGCAGCCUACGAACGUCUACGUCAAAUUAUGACCCCCGAUCCAACGGUCGUGGGCAUGCAAUCCGGCGUGUUGGGGUACAAAUACAAUGGUGCGAUCGAUGCUCUUCAGACGAUUGUCAGAGUGGAGGGUAUGCAGGGAUUGUACAGGGGACUGUGGCCUAAUCUACUCAAAGUCGCACCAAGCAUAGCCACUUCCUUCUUCACCUACGAAACUGUCAAAGACUUCCUCAACAAAUCAUAG